UUUGGUCUGUACUUGGAUGAGGCUGGUGUACUACGCUCUCGUGGACGAUUGAACGAGUCUUCUCUCCCACUAGAUAGCAAGAAUCCGAUAUUCCUUCCCAACAAACACUCAUUCGUCAAUCUGUUGAUCCUGCAUACCCACAACGAAAUCAAACACAGUGGAGUUCGUGACACUUUAACAACUAUAAGAGGGCGGUUUUGGAUUUUACGGGGACGAGAGGUUGUUAAGAAAUUAAUUAGGCACUGUGUUGUUUGUCGAAAGUACGGGGGAAAACCGUUCAAGCCCCAGCCAACUCCAGAUUUUCCAGACUUCGAGUUUCGAGCGACCCUCCCUUCACUCAUAUUGGGUUGGAUUUCGCGGGUCCGUUUUUCAUCAAAUCGAUGUUUGAAACCAAACCAACAGAAAACGGCGAGUCUAACCCCAACGUUAAAGCCUACGUUCUCUUGAUCACGUGCGCGUCGACCAGGUCAGUUCACAUUGAAUUAACUUUGUGUCUCAGUGUACAAGCAUUCCUACUUGCGUUCCGGCGGUAUGCCAGUCGACGGGGGUUGCCAGCCACGAUAACGUCUGACAAUGCUAAGACCUUUAAGUCAGCAAAAAGGGACAUAGAACGAAUUAUUGGAUCUGAAGAAGUACGGCAAUACUUGGUAGAAAGACGAGUCAAGUGGAAUUUUAUCGUUGAGCGUGCUCCAUGGUGGGGAGGAUUCUGGGAACGAUUAGUUGCCAGCGUUAAAAGGCCACUAAAACGUAUUGUUGGGAGAUCUACCUUAACCUACUACGAGCUACAAACCAUUUUAGUUGAAAUCGAGGCAUUAAUCAACGCUAGACCUCUUACCUAUGUUUCUGAUGAUCAAGAAUGUAACUACGAGCCUUUAACACCCUCUCACCUGAUUUACGGUAGGCGUAUUACGAGUACCCCAAACAGUUCCCAUCACGAAGUUGUUAGUACUAAUCGAUCCUUGACAAGAAGAGCGCGUCGUCAUAAGCAAGUGUUGGAUCAAUUUACGAAACAGUGGCGACGAGAAUAUCUCACCGGGUUGCGUGAACAGUCGUUAGCGAAGUCGCACAAAAGAAACUCAGGUUCAACGAUUUCCCAAGGAGAGAUCGUCAUCGUCAAAAACGAAACAACGCCGAGAGCAUUUUGGAAACUGGCUCGUGUAGAAAAACUACUUCCAGGAAGGGAUGGAAACAUUCGAGCAGCAGAAAUUAAGUUAGGGAGUAAGUUCGUUACAAGAAGACCAAUUGAACAACUCGUACCCAUUGAAGUGAAAUCUACGUUAGAAGAUUUAGAAACUGGUCAGGAAGUAGAAAAGGAAUGUAUUCAAGAGAAGAGAACAUCUUGUAACAUUUAA